AUGCUGCUGGUCUGCUAUCUCGCCCAUGGCUUGCCCUUAGAAAAACGUGGCUACACCGGUGAAGGUACCUUUUAUUUCACUGGACUUGGUUCUUGCGGUGAAGUGAACGAAGAUUCCGAUUUUAUCGCUGCACUAAAUGCCCCACAAAUGGCUAACGGUGCUAAUCCCAACCACAAUCCUAUUUGCGGUCGCAAAGCCAGAGUGACUGGUCCCAAAGGUUCGGUGGUGGUGAAAAUUGUUGAUACUUGCCCUCCUUGCCAGCACGGAGAUCUCGAUUUAAGUCCUGGAGCCUUUGAGAAGAUUGCCGAUUUUGAUGACGGCCGUGUCAAGAUCGACUGGCACUGGGUUUAA